GCGUGGGUGGGCUGGGGGAGGGGAGUCCAGGAACUUUGAGUCUCAGCCUCAGGGGCCGCGGUGACAUUCCCGCCAGCGCCACCCGCAGUCGGCCACUCGGCCCGGACCGGGGGAUCGCAGCCGAGAGAAGCCGCCAAGAGAGAGACCCGGGGCUACCCACCGCGGCGGCACGCGAACCGGCCGGCAGAAGACGUGUCCGCGGGCAUGGGCCGCCUCUGGCUGGAGCCGUGGCUGCCGCAGCUCCUCUGCCUCCCGGGCCUGGCUCUGGCCGUGGCCCUGCUGCUCCUGCUCCUGUGUCUGCGCGCCCAGCGCACCAGGAGACCUGGUGAGCCUCCAUUGAUAAAAGGCUGGCUUCCUUACCUUGGAGAGUCCCUGAAAUUACAAAAAGAUGCCUUAGGUUUCUUGAAAACUCUUCAAAAGCAGCAUGGUGAAAUUUUCACCAUUCUCCUUGCAGGAAAGUACAUAACGUUUAUCCUGGACCCUUUCCAGUUCCAGUUAGUGAUGAAAAAUCACAAAUUAAGCUUUCGAAUAUUUAGUAAUAAAAUAACAGUGAAAGCAUUUUCCAUCAAAAAGUUGGUAACCAAUGAUGACCUGAAUAAUGAGCUUCAUGUCUGCUAUCAAUGUUUAAGAGGGAAAUCUUUGGACGUACUCAUGGAAAACAUGAUGCAGAAUCUAAAACAAGUUUUUGAACCCCAACUAUUAAAAACCACAAAUUGGGAGAUGGCAUGCCUGUUGACAUUCUGCAGCUCAGUAAUAUUUGAGAUCACAUUUACAACCAUACAUGGAAAACUUCUUGCUGGAGAUAGGAAAAAAUUUAUUACUGAGCUAAGAGAAGAUAUGUUAAAAUUUGAUGACAAAUUCCCGUAUUUAGCAUCAGACAUACCCAUUGAACUUCUAGGAAACGUCAAGUCUAUUCGAAAGAAACUUAUAAAACUCUUGACAUCAGAAAACUUAGCUAAGAUACGAGGAUGGUCAGAAGUUGUUCAAAUGAGGCAAGAUAUCCUGGAGAAAUACUAUAUGCCCAAGGACUUUGAAAUAGGAGCACAUCAUUUUGGCUUUCUCUGGGCCUCUGUGACAAACACUAUUCCAACUAUGUUCUGGGCGAUGUAUUACCUUCUACGGCACCCAGAAGCUAUGGCAGUGCUGCGUGACGAAAUUGACCAUUUGCUGCAGUCAACAGGUCAAAAGAAAGGGUCUGGAUUUUCCAUCCACCUCACCAGAGAACAAUUGGACAGCCUGGUCUACCUAGAAAGCACGAUUCUUGAGGUUUUACGACUAUGCUCAUUUUCUGUCAUCAUGCGUUUUGUUGAAGAAGAUUUGACUCUACCUUCAGAGACUGGGGACUACUGUCUGCGAAAGGGAGAUUCAAUAGCCAUCUUUCCUGCAGCUUUACACCAUGACCCUGAAAUAUAUGAAGCUCCAGAGGAGUUUAGAUUUGAUCGUUUUGUAGAAGACGGUAAGAAGAAAACUACCUUUUUCAAAGGAGGGAAGAAGCUGAAAUAUUACCUAUUGCCAUUUGGAUUUGGAGCCAGCAAAUGUCCAGGCCGAUUUUUGGCAAUUAUGGAAAUAAAGCAAUUGUUAGUUGUACUUUUAACUUAUUUUGAUUUAGAAAUAAUGGACCAAAAACCUAUCGAACUAAACCGCAGCCGCCUUUUGUUUGGUAUUCAGCAUCCGGAUUCUGAUGUUUCAUUUAGGUACAAAGUAAAAACUUAAAGAAGCUCAAGGAAAGAAAAGAAAUCCAUCAAAACUAACCUAAAUGUCCUCAGCUCAUCUAUGUGGUUUUAAUUUCUGCAAAUGUAAUUGCUUUGCAAAAGCAAAAUCCAUCAUAAAAUAAAACAGGAUGAUGGCAUGAAAAUGGACACCAAAAUCAACAUGAUGAUAAACUUAAAAUAGUUUUUUUUAAGUUUCUACAUAUUGUGAUUUUCACCUGUCAUAGUAAAUGUGCCUUCACAUCAAUAGAUGUGGCACUGUGGGGUUUGUCACUCAAAUUCUUUUCUAAUAAUAAAAAUGCACUUUAUGUGCUACUGGAAAUUUGUGCUGGAAAUGGACACAGUCUAACAAAUUCCAAGUUCUCAGAGAAGAAGGAAAUUAAAUUUCCAUGAGAUGCACUGGAUGAAAUGUUCCCUUCAAGUAUAAUAUCAAUAAUAUCUAUAUUGCCAGGCUACGUUUGCAUUAAAUGAGUUUUGCAGUAGAUUAAAUGCUUCAACUUCACUUCAAUAUUUAAUCAGCCAUAAAUGCUCUUUAUUACUUUGUAUACUAUAGUUCAAUAGAACAAAAUUUCUUGUUAUAUAAGAACACUGCUAUUCAAGUUAGAUACCGCUAAGAUUUAAUGUAUAAGAACACACAAAACCUAUUAUAUAUUCAGCAAUUGCCCUAGACAUUAGUAUUAGGUUUGUUGUAGGAGGAAAUGUUGAAAUCAUUACAGGAUUGAUUGUAGCAUUUGGCUUUAGUAUAAACUAUAAAGGUUAUGCUAGCAUUGCAAUUAACUCUCUCCUAAAUGCUUCCACUUAUAUAAACUGAGAAACUAGAUAGCAAUAUUUGUUCUCAACACCUCACCUUUUGGACUUGGAGUUUAUUUGUAUUAUUUUGAAUUACAACAUUAUGUAAUGCAGUAUAAUUUCACAUGCCAUAAUGCAGCAUUGUGUCGAUGAUUCAAAGAUUUCUAAUAUCAGAUUACCCAGUGAUUGUCUGGCAUCUGACAUAAAUGAUGCUGCUGUAUAUAAACAAGCAAAGUAGGUAAUAAAAACCAGUUAAUUCAUGCUGCAUUAGUUGGAACUUCUAAUAUUUCAGAAAUGUGCUAUUGUUUUUUAAAAAGGAAACUGAAUUUUUAAAAUAACGUUAUAAAAUACUCACUAUACUUAAUAAGUAAAUAGAUUUUCUAGCGUUUAUUUUCUGCAUCCCAAAGUACGUGCUCUAAACAUUCCUUAGUGAAGGUCUGUUGGUCUAAAUUCUGGUUUUGCUUGAUUGACAAUGUUUUCAUUUUUGCCCUUGUUCUUCAAAGAUGAUUUCACUAGAUGCACAAGUCUAGGGUAACAGUCAUUUCCUCACAGCACUUUGAAGACAUUGCAUGUUCUUAAGGCUUCCAUUGUUGUUACCAGGAGGUUAGUAGCCUUUGGUCCGUUUAAUUAUUCAGUCGGUAGUCUGCCUUUUCGCUCUGCCAGCUCUAACGUGUUCUCUUUGCCUUUGAUGUUCUUAGUUUCUUCCUGUUUAUCCUGGUUGCACCUCAUGGUGCUUCUUGGGUCUGAGAAUGUGUGUCUUUCAUCAAGUGUGGGAUAUUCUCAACCAUUAUCUCUGAAUAGUACCUCUCUCAGGCUCUGUUUUAGAUCUUCUCACUCUAUACUCCAUACUGUUUGACCUUUUCUCCUCAUAUUUGUCUUUCUCCAAUUUACAUUCUAGGUAAUUUCUUUAGAUCUCUCUUCUGGUUUAUUCUCCAUUCAAUGUAUCUAAUCUGCUCUUUAACUUAUCCAUUGAAUUUGUUUCUUCCUUCUUUUUAUUUUAGCCUUAGGUUCAUAAAAUUGAGUAAUCAUACUCCUUAUACACCUUAAUUCAUGGUACACAAUGAUAAUUGGUCCAAGCAAGGCCUCUCUGACUUUAUUUACUUAUUCUAUUUUAUCUCUAAUUCCAACCAUCAUAACUCUUCCCAUCAUAGGCAAACAUUCUAAUGUGUUAGAUGUGCAUCCUUUUAUUUGUGUAUGUUUUUAUAAAACAUAUAUUAUUAUCCUGGGUGCAUAUGUUUUUAAUUUACAUAAAUGUAUUUUCUAUAAAUCAUAUUAUUCUCAGUUUUCUUACUAAGCUGUAUGUUUUUAAGAAUACAUCUACAUUGCUUUGUAUAUUUAAUCUAUUGCUUCUAACUGCUGCAUAGUAUUCAGUAAUGUACACCCCCUGUAUUUUAGUGAUCUGUUCACCCAGUGAUGAAAACUGUGUCUGUGGGACAGUUAAUUUGGGGGAGAGCCAAAGCAGAACCUAAAAACUCUACCCCUAUACAUCCUCCCCCUGCUGUGCCCAACCACCAUCCACAACGGGCUGCUGCAAAGCCCGUCCUUAACCGCCCUGUCCCAAAUGACACACAUACACAGACAUUUAGUCCAUGACAGCGUUCGUUCUCUGAGAUGGUUUAGAUUUGUUCUGUUCCGUCCUCAGACCCUUAAGACCCUCUCCCUUCUGUGGGGUCUCCAGGGUUGAUUUUGAGUUAGAGUGCCAACUGCCAAUUUGUCAGCUUUCAGGUUUUCAAUUCCACUGAGUUUGCUAAAUUCAAUUAUUACGUUUUUAGUUUGAGAGUUCUUUUUUCUUCAUAUCUGCCUUGUUAUUUUGAAUAAUAUCUUGUUCCUUCAUCAUACACUCAAUAUCCUCCUUCAUUUCUUUAAAUAGUUAAGAAACCUGUUUUAUAGUCUAUAUUUGAGAUUUCCAAAUCAUCAGUGUUUGGUGGGUCUGAUUCUGUUGUUUGUUUGUUUUUCUUUUACUCAGGAUGGCUUCUUUACUACGCCUAUGUUCCUUGGAAUUUUAUCUCUGGAAAUUUUUAAGACCUGAGUUUAAAAUAUUCCUCUGGAGAGAAUUUGCAUUUGCUUUUGUCUGACUGCUGAUGUUGCUAUCAAAUUCAGAUCACUAAAUUUUCAGCUUGAGUAUUUCAAGAGGCAAUGAGGGAUGGGGCUAGGAGCCACAUAGGUAGGGUGGGUUCUAGCCCUAAAUCAGCUACAGUGCAAUCCUAUGAUUAGGAAUAGACAGAAGGGACUUUCUAGGGUUUUUUCCUCCUUCACCGAGAGCCAUCGCUGAGACAAGCAAGUAUACCCAGUCUUACUCUGUGGAGCAAGGUUUCUUUCUAGUUCAUCUACUAAGGAUGUUGCCUUUGCAAGUUCUUGGCUUUGUGCUGAGGUCUUGGACUUCAUGCACACACACACACCAACUUUGGCCCUAGACUUUAUCUCCUGCCUGCCACAGCAUAGCCUGUUCAUUUUGUACUAGGACAUCUAGUCUGCCAUAUUGCCUCAAGUGGAAACUUCCAUAUUCUUAAAUUCAUCUUAGUAAUACACUUUUGUGAUGUUACAGCAGGAAGAUAACAGGAAAUUAUUCCAUUCUAAUUUCUGUUGAAUUUAUAAUUAAAAGUGUGCACAGGAAUUUAGAAUAGAAAGUAAGAAUAAAUAAAAGGGUUGAGAAAAUAUUAUCUAAAAGCAAUAGACAGUAGAACCAAAACAAGAGAAUCAUAUGACAGGCUUAAAUUUAGUAAUUUAAAGAGUGUUUAUGAAUAGAAAAGAUGUCACGCAAAAAUAAGUUAAAUGACAUGGAUUCCAGCUGUGAUAUAACUGGUUUGUUAUCAUCAAGUCACUUUACCUCUUAGAGUUGCAGUUUCCUUAUUUGCGAAAAAAAUAAUAAUAAGGCCUUUUCGACACCAGGGUUCAUUAUGAGGAUUAAACACAGUAAGAUGUGUCAACUUAUUUUGAAAAGUGUAUGAUGUAAUACGCAAAUGUAAAGUUGUAAAAGAGAUAUUUUAACGUCGUUGUGCCUUUUAAAAACUGUUCUUAUGUAUUUGUUAAAGGGAAUAACGUUUUAGUCAAUAGACAAUUCAUUAUUCAUUUUUUCAGUCAAACAUUUAUUGAGUAUUUCCCCUAUUCUAGAUAUGAUGCUAUGUAUUGGCUUACCUGUCUUCAGGAGCACAAAAUUUAUUAGGGAAAACAAGACAAACACAACUAAUUUUUUAUAAAUGUAGUUGUAAGUAGUAAAUUCAUCUCUUUAAAAUUAUUCUAAAAUUCUGACAUCACUUGUUCUAACUAACCCUCCAUCAUUACCCAUUCCAAAGUAGUGUUCUGUAGUGAGAAAUUACUCCAUGCAUAAUUACACACAACAAAACAUAUAUUUCAGGUAUUAUGAUUAUGGUAAAAAUAACCAAAACCAAAUACGGUCAUUGAGGCUCCAGAAUUUCCUAAAAACUAUAUUUUACAUAUUAUAAGAAUCUGUCUUUUUAUUUUUACAGCCUCCUCUAAGUUUCAAAUUAAAGUAAAUAACCAAUAAAAUUGUGUUAUAUUGAUGACCAACAGUAAGGAAGCAUUCAGUUAGGAAAAGACUAAAUGCUUUGAAGCUAGAUGCUCUGAACAGCUCUUUAUCACCAAAUCAGGCAGGCUGAUAUCUUCUCCAUUUUAUCGUUAAACUUUAGGUCACAAGUCUAAGGCAACAGAGUUACAAACUCAAAAUUUGCAUGAUUAUUUCUAUUUUCUCAUAAAAAAAUAAUUUUGGUAACAUUUCCCAUAAGCAUCUUCUAAUUUAACAGUGGAAUCUUAAAAUCAAUUUCAAAGAUCCAAGCACAAAAAUUAUCUUGGUUUUGAUCUUAGUAUAAAAUACUGUCAAUAAUUAUAAAACAAGAAUUAUAUGCCCUUAGAAUGUGCACUGUUUUAAGCUAUUAAAUUCACCCAUAUUGCAGGCUAUUAUUUACUUGCACUGCAUUAUUAGGUAUUCAUAUUCACAUACUCAAUUAAGAAAAAGUUAGCAAGCCAAGAUUACAUUCCCUGUAGCAUCAUUUUAAAUUAUAAUGAGCAAUCACAUAAAACUCUGGUAUUUCUCUAAAACAAUUAUUACUUAUGUUACUUCAUAGUGUUAAUCUCAAUCAGUGAUCGCUGAUGUGUGAACUUUUUAGCUUAAAUGUUUAUUUUGUUUAUAAUACUUUCUUGAGUAAGAUAAAUUGAACUCAUGAAAAACUCUGUGGCACAGUUUUAAAUAGGAGAUAAUUUGGCAAUACUUAUGUUUAAAAAUGUUUUUUAGGCCGAGGAGUGCUAUAUAUUGUAAAAAACUUGUCCUGAAUAGCUGGUUUCAUAUUAUCUUUUGAUUUUUAAAAUCAUAUAUAUGUGGUUAUGAGGAGGCAAAUUAUCUUAAAAAGAUGUUAGGUGAGAAAAGCAAAUGAUUUGUAAAUCUACUUAAUUUUCUUUUAUUUACAAGUAUUCAAUAAAUCAACUUUUA